GCGCUGAUAGUUUCCGUCACCGGAAGUUGAAUAGGCUUCCGGCUCGCCUAGCUGAGGGACAACAUGGCGGCGGUGGUGAUGUCCCGGUGUCGGUCCAGACUCCGGUUCUCCUCCCGCUGGUUCUUCAGAAGUUACUUCAGCUCGGACUCCAGCGGGACUUCCGGCAGCGACCCGCCCGCCGCGGACGCACCCAGGUCCGGGUUCGCUGCCGCCUUCGACCUCCAGACUGAGAUCCGCCGGGAGGCGGGGACCUCAGCGGCCGGACUGCGAGGCUCCUCCUCCGGUCAGGAUGAGAGCUUCGCCUCGCUGCUCCGCCGGUCCCCGCUGGUCCAGAUGGGACCGGCCCGGGACAGGGUGGUGGUCGGGAGGAUCUUCCACGUGGUCCAGGACGACCUGUACAUCGACUUCGGGGGGAAGUUCCACUGUGUGUGUCGGCGGCCGGCGGACGGAGGAGAGAAGCUGCAGCGGGGCAGCAGGGUCCGUCUGCGGCUGCAGGACCUGGAGCUCACGGCCCGGUUCCUUGGAGCUCAGACCGACACGACGCUGCUGGAGGCCCAGGCCGUUCUGCUGGGCCCGCUGGAGGGACGGGAGGGCCGGGACUGAGGGGGUCCGGGUCCCUGGAGAGACUGAACCCGAACUGACGUUAAGUCACGUGGUCUGAUCGAUGACGGAUUGUUUAAAAUCGAUCAGUGACUCGGAUGAUUAUUGAUCUGUUUGAAGUUUGUGUUAUUAAAGUGAAACGUGUUCCGAUCAGCUGUUCCUCUCCUUUCAUCACGUGACGCCGCAAAUAGCAAAGUUUAUUUCUCAACUUCAGGAAACGAGAUGUUUGAGCUUUUAUAGACACAUCGUCACAUGAUGGGGGUGUGUCGCAUGAUGCAGAUGUGUUGGUGUGUGUCGCAUGAUACAGGUUUGUGUGUUGCAUGUGUGUGUAUGUCACAUGAUACAGGUGUGUGCUUGUGUGUCACAUGAUGCAGGUGUGUGUGACACAUGAUGCAGGUGUGUGUGUUGCAUGUGUGUGUAUGUCACAUGAUACAGGUGUGUGCUUGUGUGUCACAUGAUGCAGGUGUGUGUGUGUGUCACAUGAUGCAGGUGUUUUUGUGUGUGUGUCACAUGAUGCAGGUGUGUGUGUGUCACAUGAUACAGGUGUUUGUGUGUGUGUGUCACAUGAUACAGGUGUGUGUGUGUGUACAGUCCAGUUAAUCACAGACAACUCUUCUAUUGGUUCUUUUACUUUAAUAAUUGAAAACAUGAAGCUGACAUGUCGUCCGUGUUUCUUUGAGGUGAAAUCAUUGCUGUCAUGUUCUAACUUUACUUUUCAAACAUCUACUGCAGUUCUGCACUUGUCUCUUUAGUAUUUAGUCUUUGGUUCCAUGUGCAGGGCCCGUUACAUGCUGCUGGGACACAAUCGUUUCCCAAAUAGGGAUCAAUAAAGUACAUCUAUCAUCUAUAA